UAUUACAUUGAAGCGUUUCUGUUUUCACCUGCGUUUUCUUUAAUUAGACUUCAGCAGCUACAAAGGGGUGUCCCGCACCUGUCCUGUCACUCUGCUCUCAGCGCAAAAUUCACGAGCUGCAACCUGCGCGUGAAGUAAUGUUUUGACUCUAAAAGCGUCGUGGCGAGAGCACGAGCCGCAGGGUAUUAUUUCAUGGAUGGGGUUUUUGUGAGGACUCAUUCAGGGUGUCCUUCUGCUCCUUCUGCAUCUGCCGAAGCAAAUAGUUAUUUUUGGCACCUGACAUUAAAGCUCACCCUCUGCAGCAUGGCAGCAGCAGACCCGCAAACGCGCCAUAGCGCCGGAGUCUGACUGCAGCUCUUUGUUCGUCCUCAGAAACUCACUGUGCGCGAUUUGAUGAUGGAUUGUCUUCGUAUCAGGGACUGACGGACACGCCUGAGGUCAGCUGCAAGAGGAGACACUUCUGUACUAUUAGCCUUGAGCUGGAAACAUGACCAAGGAGGAGGAGAUCCCUGACUGGGUGGGAGCCAAAGAGUUCUACGACAAGUAUGAGCCCAAGGAGAUUCUGGGAAGGGGAGUGAGCAGCGUGGUGCGCCGCUGCGUCGACAAGCGGACCUCUCAGGAGUACGCGGUGAAGAUCAUCGACAUCACCCCCUCCGACAAGAUGACGCCGCAGGAGAUCGAAGAGAUCAGAGAGGCGACGGUGAAGGAGAUCGACAUCCUCAAGAAAGUCUACGGACAGGAGAACAUCAUUCAGCUCAAAGACUGCUAUGAGUCCAAGGCCUUCUUCUUCCUGGUUUUUGACCUAAUGAAGAGGGGUGAACUUUUUGACUACCUCACAGAAAAAGUUACACUGAGCGAGAAGGAAACGCGGAAGAUCAUGCGGUCUCUAUUGGAGGUGGUCCAGUUUCUCCACGCCCAGAACAUUGUUCACCGGGACCUGAAGCCCGAGAACAUCCUUUUAGACGACUACAUGAACAUCAAACUCACUGACUUUGGUUUCGCUGUGCAGAUUCAGCCAGGACAGACGCUCAAAGAGGUGUGUGGGACUCCUGGUUACCUUGCUCCUGAGAUCAUUGAGUGCUCUAUGGACGCAGGACAUUCAGGAUACGGUACAGCUGUGGACAUAUGGAGUUCAGGUGUUAUCAUGUACACGCUGCUCGCGGGCUCUCCACCGUUCUGGCACAGGAAACAGAUGCUGAUGCUGCGCAUGAUCUUAGCGGGGACGUAUGACUUCUCCUCUCCUGAAUGGGAAGACCGCUCAGACACGGUCAAAGAUUUGAUCUCGCGGAUGCUGGUGGUGGAUCCAAAGCAGCGAUUCACAGCUACAGAUGCUCUGAACCACUCGUUCUUUUCACAGUACGUGGUGCACGAAGUACGACAAUUCAGUCCGUUCAGGCGCUUCAAGGUCAUUUGCUUGACCGUUCUCGCUACAAUGCGAAUCUACUGCAACUAUCGCCGUGCCAAGCCCAUCACCAAGGAGGUGAUAAAGAGCGACCCGUACGCCGUGAAGCCCAUCCGCAAGCUCAUAGAUGCGUGUGCCUUUAAGAUCUACGGCCACUGGGUCAAGAAGGGCCAAACCCAGAACAGAGCAGCACUUUUUGAGAACACGCCCAAAACCAUCCUGCUUUCGAUCGCUGCUGAAGCAGAUGAGCCCGUCCAGCACAUCUGGUAACAAGCAGCGAGGACUGACACGUGCUGAGUUUUACAUGGGGAAACAUUUAAACUUCUUUCUUCAUAGAAAAGAACUACUACAACUAGUUUAUGCAUAAUGCAGCAUUUUUAAAAGCAGCCGUAGUGACUACAGGGGGAUUGAUUUACCUCAAGGACUGAAAUGUUUGGCAAAAUUUUCAACCAUGCCACUGGUGACAUUGUGCUUGCUUUGUUCUAAAAGUGUACUUAACCCAUUGUCAGCUUGUGUCCUAUGAAAAUGCAGCUGCUGUGCUUUAGAUUGAAUGCAGCCCCUCAAAUACAGGGUGUAUCAAAAAAGAAUAAUCAGAAUUCAAAAGGCUAUACUUUUCAAUGACAAAGUAAUGAACAUAGAAACUUAAGGUAAAUUUUAAAGUACAUGGCUGAAUAUACAAAAAGUUACAAUGUUUGCAAAUGCCUGAUGUGCCUCCCUCGGCACGUCCAUACUACAGUUAAACCUCGCCCCGUACUUUGGAGAGCAUGUCUGGAGUCGCUGCUGUUGUUAAGCUUCUUACCAGCAACCAUGUGAAACUCGAAUCUACGCUAACGGCACAUGUUCGUCUUUUGAUCGUUAAACGGUGAAUGGCUGUGGAAUUAAAGCGCUUUUAAAUCCGAUUUUUUUUUGAUACACCCUGUAUAUUGACAAAAACUUUUUUUUUUAGCACUAUAUGGUAAUCUCAUAGCCUUCGCACUCUAAAAACUGUUUAUACUUCAAAUGUUAAAAGAGUGACUCAGGAGGAAAACGUAGAGUUCAGUUAUAGAGCAAGUCUAUACUCUGUAUUUUGAAACCUUGUGGGAAAAACCUGCACAGUUUAUCUGGCUGGAAUAUAAAACCUGGAGUGAAACCUGCACACUUGAAAGGUUGUGUAUUUACAGUUUGAGAACUAUGUGCCUACUUAAUCAAUAUGCAGAGUAUGCUCUGGUGGCAGCAACUCAAGGGAAGUGUAACUUUAACUUGUAUGCUAUGAAUGUAUUUAUUAAAACAUGUAAAACCCCAAGUCCUGCAAAUGGAGGGGUACUUCAACUCUG